AUGGCACCCACCUCACCCCGCCUCUCGGCCCCCAAAAAGUCUACCCCCGCCUUCUCGCCGGACAAAACGUCGGUAAUCUACGUCCUGGGUGGCCCAGGUGCUGGGAAAGGCACUCAGUGUGCUAAUUUGGUCCGAGACUAUGGCUUCACACACCUUUCUGCUGGAGAUCUGCUACGGGCGGAGCAAGAUAGGGAAGGCAGCGAGUUCGGAAGCAUGAUCAAGGAGUACAUCGCUGAGGGAAAAAUUGUGCCGAUGGAGGUGACAGUGCAGCUUUUGGAGAAUGCUAUGAUGGAUCAGGAGAAGGGAAGGGGGCGAUUCCUGAUUGAUGGCUUCCCUCGCAAAAUGGACCAAGCCAUCCGCUUUGAAGAAGCCGUGUGCCCCUCGAAAUUUACCCUCUUUUUCGACUGCCCCGAAGACGUCAUGACCGAGCGUCUCAUCAACCGAGGAAAGACCAGCGGCCGUGCUGAUGACAAUGCCGAGAGUAUCAAGAAGCGGUUCAAAACAUUUGUGGAGACGAGCAUGCCAGUUGUGGACUACUUCGAGAAAGAAAACAGGGUGGUGAAGAUCAAGGCUGUGAAAAGUCCGGGCGAGAUAUACGAGGAAGUGAAGAUGAGGAUGGGAGAGAGAGGCUUCGAGAUGGCUGUGAAAUAG